AUGUAUAUUUCUGCUUUAGAAAAUGAAGCUGUACUUCGUUGGAACACGACUGGUAUUACUAUAGCUGGUAUUAGUAAUGAAUCGGGUAGUGAUAGUACUCAUCUAAAUACACCUUGGGAUGUGACAUUGGAUUAUCAAAAUUCACUUUAUAUUGCUGAUCGAAAUAAUCAUCGAAUUCAAAAAUAUCUCGUCGGUUCAUUGAGUGGAAUCACAGUAGCAGGACAAGCGAAUGGUACAUCAGGUUCUACUCUCAGCUAUUUACAGAAUCCUUCACGAGUCCUUGUUGAUGUCAAUGGAGAUAUGUAUAUAACAGAUACAGGCAAUCAACGUAUUUUAUCUUGGUCUCAUAGUGCUUCUUCAGCAGUAAUAAUCGCUGGUACAGGCAUAGGAGGAAGUUCAAAUAAUCAACUUCGUACACCAUAUGGAAUAGUACGUGAUUUAAGUUCUGAUAAACUUUAUAUAGCAGACUAUUCAAAUGAUCGUAUUAUGUUAUAUUUAAAUGGUGCAUCAUCAGGUACUGUUAUUGCAGGUGGCAACGGAUCAGGAAUAAACAAAACACAAUUAAAAACUCCUGUCGGUCUCUACUUUGAUUCUUUAUCAAAUAGUCUUGUUAUUGCAAAUCAUGGUGCCUCAAAUGUUAUUCAAUGGGUAGUUGGUGAAACGAGUUGGACACUACUGGCUGGCAGCAUUAAUGGAACAGCAGAAAAUACAUCAACAUUAAUGAAUGGUGUUGUAGAUAUAACAUUUGACCCUAUGGGUAAUAUGUAUGUUGCUGAUAGAAAUAAUCAUCGAAUUCAAUUAUUUAUGGUCGGUCAAUCAAAUGGAAUAACUAUUUCAGGUGUCACAGGUAUAUCUGGUGCCAAUGCCACUCUACUAAACAAGCCAUGGUCAAUAAAACUUGAUAGUCAAUUAAAUUUAUAA